UCCGCAAAUCAGCAACAAAAAUCUGUAAAAAGAAAAGGAAAAAAUUAGUAACAAAAAUAGAAAUUCCUAUAUUUUAAGUCACCUCCUUCAAACGGGGAGCACCAUCAACAAUGGCGAUCCCAAAAAGACCCAAAUCAGCCAGAUCCCCAUUAUUCAUACUUAUCAUAUCCACCAUUUCUAUCAUCUCCUUUCUUUACCUUGUUUCUUCACUAACAAACCCAUUUACAAAUAUUUCUAAUAAAGAAAAACACUCCAUUAUUCAUCAUCAUCAUCAUGAUUCAGAUAAUAAAUAUUUGUAUUGGGGUAACAGAAUUGACUGCCCAGGUAAACACUGUGAAUCUUGUGCAGGUCUUGGUCAUCAAGAAUCUAGUCUCCGUUGUGCCCUUGAAGAAGCCAUCUUUUUACAGCGAACAUUUGUGAUGCCUUCUAGGAUGUGUAUAAAUCCAAUACACAAUAACAAAGGUAUUCUGCAUCAUUCCGACAAUGUUAGCUCACAGGAAAGGUGGGCUGCAAGCUCUUGUGCCAUGGAUUCUUUGUAUGAUUUGGACCUCAUAUCUAACAGGGUACCUGUAAUAUUAGAUAAUUCAAAAACUUGGUUCCAAGUUAUGUCAACAAGUAUGAAACUGGAAUCUAGAGGAGGUGCUCAUGUGGAAGGAGUUAGACGGGGUGAUUUAAAGGAAAAAAAGGAGUACUCGAAGAUUCUACUUAUAAAUCGAACUGCAAACCAUUUGUCAUGGUUCAUGGAAUGUAAAGAUCGAAAUAACCGCAGCUCUGUGUUGUUGCCACAUUCAUUUCUUCCUUCAAUGGCUGCCAAAAAACUUAGAGAUGCAGCACAGAAGAUUAUGGCACUUCUUGGUGAUUAUGAUGCUAUUCAUGUUCGACGAGGUGAUAUUUUAAAUACAAGAAAAGACAGGUUUGGUGUUGCCAGGACUUUGCAUCCUCAUCUUGACAGAGACACACGUCCUCAGUUUAUUCUGUGUAGAAUCGCAAACUGGGUUUCACCUGGGCGGAUAAUAUUUAUCGCCUCAAAUGAGAAGACGCCGAAUUUCUUUUCCCCUCUUUCUGCGAGGUACAAACUAGCUUAUUCGUCGAACUACAGCAGGAUCUUGGAUCCAGUAGUCGAGAAUAAUUAUCAGCUGUUUAUGAUAGAAAGACUUAUCUUGGCCGGAGCCAAAACCUAUAUUAAAACAUACAAGGAGACUGAAACAGAUCUCAGCCUAACUGAUGACCCCAAAAAGAACACAAAAAUAUGGCAAGUACCCGUUUACACAAAAGAAGGAUGCUGAGUUUUCCCUCACUUCACAUCACAUUCUUUUUCUUUUUUGUUUUUAUUUUUUAUUUUUCCUUUUGCUGGUUUGUUUUCUUGUAAUCUGUCAAUUGAUUGCUUACUUAAAGCUUGUAAUUUAGUUUAGAACUUGCGUACAAAAACUAGUGGUUUUACACAGAAA